AUGUUCAACGCCACACCACAGCACUCCUACAGCAGGGUCCCUGUAGAAGCGCUAGAGGAGCACCAGAAGAAGUAUCCAGAAAAACCAUCAUUGUACUCACGUGUUACGUUUGGCUGGGUAGCUGAGAGACUGAGCACCACUGACCAGCAAUCAAAUGAUGGACUCGUUCCUGGGCAACGCUCGGCUUGGUGGAAUUAUAGAAGCCUCCGUCACGCGUGGUUCAAACACGCACGAUCCACGCAAACACGCGAGGAGAAUCCUCGGUUAUGGAGGGCUGUUGUUUCUUUUGUGUUAGCUGAGGAUUUCACAAGACUGUUUCUGUUUCCAAUAUUGAUUCUGUGCACUCGCGUCCUGCAGCCCGCCAUGUUCACAGCUCUCCUUACUUUUCAUCCGUUCUUGAUGCAUGAACUGUCUUACAUCAAGAGAAAAGCCCUGGUCGUUGGUGUACUGCUCUCCGUCCAACACGCUGUCCCAAUCGUCAGCUCUUUGGUUUCCAUAGUAACGUUAAUGAUGCGUGGUAAAGAACUCACGCACAUUAAUGUAUUUCUGAUCGUAUCAACAAUGUAUAUUUUAGACGGUUCCUGCGGUGACGCUUUCGCUAAAGGAAUAGACGUUCUCAUAAGAACAGUGGCUCGCCUCAACAGAAUAGAGCGAUUUCUUGUUGCAGACUUUCCCUCAGUAACUUUUUAUGGAAACACAACAAAUCGCUCCGAGGAGGGUACGGAAGGGAUCUACUGUUCAAGUGGGUCACUUGCUUCUAACAGUGUUCCUCGUCUUUCUCUCAACGGAGUUUGCUGUGACCGCGAGUAUGACUUAGCUGAUAUUGAACUAAACUACAUCACGUUCAGUUAUGAGGGGGCUCAACUGGUAACAAUUACAGGGCCCCCUCAAGCAGGGGCUGGCACAUCCUUGGUCUUUGAGGCUAUCCUCGAUGAAGCACCUCUGAAGCGAGGGCGUAUAGUCCAAGAGGGAACGCUAGCAUAUGUCUGUCAGAGACCAUGGAUAUUUUCAGGAACUGUUCGCGAAAACAUUCUCUUCGGGGAGCCAUACAGCGAGGAGCGCUUCGCCGCCGUUGUAACAGCCUGUAGGUUAGACGAAACCAUUGGCAUUUUACCAAAUGGAAACAUGACGUUCAUUGAAAACGGACGCGGAAUUAAGCUAACCCUCAGUCAGCGGGAACGUUUAAAUCUAGCACGCGCAGCUUACUCCUCAGCGUCAAUCAUCCUAUUGGAUAACCCUCUCAGUCACGUGGACACACCAAUGGCCAAUGAAAUAUUCGAUGAGUGCAUCAAAGGUUUCCUGGGGUCUCGUUUGCGUCUCGUGGUCUCGCGCCGAGCAGACUUCCUCGAGAGAUCUCCUCGCGUGUUACUGAUGGCGGAUGGUAUUAUAAUCAGAGAGGGAUCGCUCGCUAAGAUCAAAGAGUCCGGAGAAAACCUUAGAUGGUUAAGAACAGAAAAUGGCCGUGGACCAUUGGAAGGCGAAGAGCUGGAAAUAACUACGUCUGUAGCGGGAGAGGAAUCCACUAUUAACAGCGAAGCGGAAGGAUAUGCUGUAUACCUGAGAUAUGCCAGACAAGCAGGAUGGUUGCCAUUUCUGUUCAUCGUUGCCGUCCUUGCUGCCCUCGGUAUUUUGUUUGCACGCACUGUGGACCUAUCACAAGACGACCAACAUGGCUGGCUGCCUACAGUACUCGUAGGUGCCUUUAUGCUGUUACUUCUCAUUAGAGCUUUAUUCAUCCUCGCGUGUGGGCUCAGGUCUUCCAAGCGAAUUCACAACAGAGCUAUCUCCACGCUGCUUAAGGCGCCUGUGCUGGAGUUUGAGGCUGGAAAAGAAGAUGCAAUCUUCAAAGCGUUUUCCAAAGACAUGGAAUGUCUGGACGAAAAACUCCCCCCUGAUAUUCUACUAUUCUUUCAGUCGGUGGUUGAGCACGCGGCAGUGGUUGCUAUCAUCAAAUUCACCGCUCCGUGGUCGAUUCUUGCCGCCAUCCCCGCCUUUCUAAUCGCGCUUUUUAUUGGGAGGCAUUAUCUUCGCUUGGAGAGUCACGCCAGGGCUUUAGAGAGACGCAGUUUAAAACCUCUCUUGACGCAUUUUUCAGACGUUAUUGAGGGAGCUGUUACGAUCAGAGCUUGUCAGAAAGAAAAAUACUUCACAAAAGAGUUUUUCAGAUUGGAAGACCAGCGCACGAUGGCUGGAUGUAUGCGGUCAGCUGCUGAACAGUGGUUGGCAGUCAGACACUUGGCUGUCAUGUCACUGUUCAUGUGUAUUGCUACUGUUAUCGUAAUUUUCACCAGCGACAGCAGUAAAUAUGGACUCAGAGGAAGGGAAUUAGUUACCAGUAUUGGCAAGAUCAUGCUUCAAGGAGGGGGAACGUUUGGAGUAUUCAUGUCAGUCGGCACAGCUAUCAGAUGUUGA